UAGUCAAUUAAACUUAAUUAAUUAUACUUUAACGCUCAAUUAAAGUUAUUUUUCUUGAGACAUGUGUAUUUAUUUAUCUAUUUAUUUUCGGUACCAAAUGGAGACCUAAGCAUAUCCAUUCAUACAUUUUAACUUCUACUCAAAACCCACCGCCUACCCCCCACCAUUAAUCCGUUGUUUCCUCCCUCGACGUUUCUUCCCCGUUGCCAGCGAUCGAAACCAGUGCUCGGCGUCUCCUCUCUCUCUCUCUCUCUGUCUCUCGGUGAAGGAUCUCUUCAUCUGCCCUCUUUUCUUUUUGGAGUUCGAGAUUGCUUCCGUUGAUCGACGUGGUAAACGUUUGUGGGGGGGAGGGGGUAUCGGAUGUCGAUUGCAGGGGGUGAAUUUGGUCGCGGUGGGGAUCGACGGCUGAUUCGAGUGUGAGGAAAUCGGGCAUGGGUUUCUUUCCAGGCUGAUUGGAUCGGCCUUCUUGUUUCGGUGGUUUCGGUGGGAUCUUCCCUCACUUUGAUCUUUGUUUGGGGGGCGAAUAUUUCGGAGGGAAGAUGGGGUAUUUGAACUCCAUCAGUGGGCUUCAAGCAGACGGUGCUCCGGUCAGCGGGGGAGGACUCAGUCAAGAUGGGAAGUUUGGUUAUGGGUAUGCAAGCUGUCCGGGGAAAAGAUCUUCGAUGGAAGACUUCUAUGAGACGCGAAUUGACAGCGUUGAUGGAGAAAUUGUUGGCUUGUUUGGGGUCUUUGAUGGUCAUGGCGGUGCCCAAGUAGCAGAGUAUGUUAAACAAAACCUCUUCAGCAACUUACUCAGGCAUCCAAAGUUCAUUACCGAUACAAAAUCAGCUAUAGCUGAUGCAUACAACCACACGGACGCAGAAUUUUUGAAAUCUGAGAACAGCCAGAACCGAGAGGCGGGUUCAACUGCAUCAACAGCUGUCCUUGUUGGUGAUCGUUUGCUCGUUGCAAAUGUUGGGGACUCUAGAGCUGUCAUAUGUAGAGGAGGAGAUGCUAUAGCUGUCUCAAGGGAUCACAAGCCUGACCAAACAGAUGAGAGGCAAAGGAUUGAGGAUGCUGGGGGCUUUGUAAUGUGGGCUGGGACAUGGCGUGUCGGUGGUGUUCUUGCCGUUUCUCGUGCAUUUGGUGAUAGGCACCUGAAACAGUUUGUUGUCGCAGAUCCAGAAAUUCAUGAGGAAGCCGUUGAUGGAUCUCUCGAAUUCCUCAUCCUUGCAAGUGACGGAUUGUGGGAUGUUGUCACGAAUGAGGAGGCGGUAGCCAUGGUCAAACCCCUACAAGAUCCAGAACAAGCAGCAAAGAAACUGUUACAGGAGGCCUAUCAAAGGGGCAGUUCUGACAACAUCACUUGUGUCGUCGUUCGUUUCUUGGCUAGCCUUGAUAACACAACCGACCAGCAAUAGGUACAAAUUGUCUGCUUGAUCUUUGUUAUCGCUUUGUUAUCUGUAAUGGUGUCAUGGAUUUGGAAGUCAAUAAAAAGAUACUUUUGCUUUAACCAAAACUAGUAGCAAAAAGACUAUAUUUGUGAUGCAUAGUGGAGUCUGUAUCAUGCUGUUUUCACUUUUGUUAGAAUAAUCAAUAAGAUUGUUUGGUUA